AUGAAGGCCAUCUUUUUUACGGUGUGUCAGGCUCUUUGCCUUUACCUCAUUGUGUGUAUUGACAGUCGUCUGGACUCCCAGUGGCAGGCUUGGAAGAAGACUCAUGGCAAACAGUACAAGAAGGUAAGGGAGAGACACAAGGGGCAGAACCAGAGGCCGUCAGAAUGCCCCGAGGUGAUGGCUGCCUGCUUGUUCUCUUCUGAUGUCCAUCACGCUCGGCUUGGCUUUUCUAAAGAGAUGUCUGUGUUUCAGGCAAGUGAAUUGCAAAAAAGAAUAAUAUGGGAAGAGAACUUGAGGAAAAUUAAUGCCCACAACCUGAGGUACAAGAGAGGAAAAACAACCUUUAAGUUGGGAAUGAACCAGUUUGGAGAUCUGACCUCUUCAGAAUUUGCCAGUAUGCUGAGUUCCUAUUCUGUAAAUCACAUGAGGGACGGCACACUGUCUGCCGCAGAUCUGCGAAGUGCUGCCAGUAAGCUGAACCUCACCAGCAUCGAUUACAGGAAACUGGGUUAUGUCACACCCGUCGAAGACCAGGGAUCGUGUGGUUGCUGUUGGACUUUCAGCGCUGCUGGAGCAAUAGAGGGGCAAACCUUCAAGAAAACAGGCAAUCUGAUAACACUAAGCAAGCAGAAUCUUCUCGAUUGUUCAGCAUAUCUGGGGAACCAGGGCUGCUCAGGCGGUAGGCCCACUUUGGCUUUCCAGUACGUGAUCGAUAAUGGUGGAAUUCAGGCUGAGGCCACCUAUCCCUACACGAUGGCGGUGGGGUCCUGUCGUUUCAACAGCAGCAAGGUUGUCGCCACAGUGGCAGAUUACAAGUACCUCCCAAUUGGCAAUGAGCAGGCUUUGGCAGAUGCCCUGGCAACCAUCGGGCCAAUCUCAGUGGUUAUAGAUGCCAGUCAGAUCAGCUUUCAGUUCUACUUGUCUGGAAUCUACAAUGAUCCAAAAUGCUCCACAUUUAACCUAAGUCAUGCCAUGCUGGCAGUUGGUUAUGGAUUCCAAGGAAGUAGCAAUUAUUGGAUUAUUAAAAACAGCUGGGGCAAGCUGUGGGGUGUCGGUGGUUACCUGAUGCUGGCCAAGGACAAGAAUAACGUCUGUGGGAUCAGCCAGUAUGGAGCGGUCCCUUUUGUCUGA